AUGGGACAGGUCGCACGCAGAAAACGCACGCAUCAUGCGCGACGAGAUGUAUCGCGCGCCGCCCGCACUCGUGCUCGAAAACUUGACUAUGACCAGCGCUACGAGAAUGCCACGAACGCAUCAAAGCGGCAGCUCCUAGAAGCACCGACGGAACUCGACCCAGACAAAGCAGGUCUCGGUAUGUUUUACUGUGUGGAAUGUGACCGCCACUUUCCCAAUGCCAAUGACCGCAACGCACAUCUCUCCAGCAAACAGCACAAGCGCAUCGCAAAAAAACUGCUCACCGAAAAACCUUACACACACGAAGAGGCUUUGCUUGGUGCCGGUAUAGGCAUCGACAACAAGCAGCGCAACUCCGACACGAUCGAGACGGAGCUCUAA